CUUCGAGUCAGGGAGCUUUUUGGGAGCUUUUUCCUUUGUUCAGGAGAGAGAGGAAUCCGAGCCCUUUGGAUUUUACUCCUUUAUAUCACUCACAUUGCCGACGAUAUGUCCUCAACAAAAGAGCGAUAAUCGAGUCAAUAGUGUCGGGCUCGUCAUGCUGUAUAGCACGCACUCCACGGGUAAUCAGGCCAUGGAAAGUCCCGUUUCGAACACUGCAAGGAAGACAGCAGUGGAGGUCGAGAUAGCUGUUGUCUCUCCUUCGACAGAUCCAGUAUGGUACCGUCAGUCUCAUCUACUGUGCCUGAACUACAUUAUUGUCUCUCUAGUUCUCUUCUCUUCCGCCAAUGGGUACGACGGCUCUCUCAUGAAUGGCCUGCAAGCUUUGAAUGAGUGGAACCGUUUCAUGGACUAUCCAACCGGCGUCAAACUCGGAUGGAUCAAUGCAAUCGUCCUGCUAGGCUCCGGGGUGGGGUCUCCUAUUGCCGCCUGGCUAUCGAACCGGUUCGGUCGCAAGCCGGGACUCUACGGCGGUUAUAUGUUUUUGAUCCUCGGCUCAGUACUGCAGACCGCCUCUCCGAACCCGACGGCAUUCUUGCUGGCCCGUCUGUUUAUGGGUGUGGCGUCUGGUCUUUUCGGAGUCGCGGCUCCCCUGCUCAUCAACGAGAUAGCGCAUCCCAGACACCGGGGCAUUGUCAACUCGCUCGUCUCUGGGUGGGUUAUUUUUGGGGUCCGAAGCUAUUCCUCGUCGUGGUCCUGGCGCCUCCCAUCGCUUCUGCAGGCUCUUCUCCCGGCCGUUGCUUUGCCGGGGCUCCUUCUCGCUCCAGAGAGUCCUCGAUGGCUUAUUUCUCAGGGGCGCGAGGACGAGGCACGUGCCAUUCUGACGCGGUAUCAUGCUGGCGGCUGCCACUCGUCUUUGGUCGAUGCCGAAUUCCAAGAGAUCCGCGCGACAAUUCAAGCCGAGCAGGACGCUCACAAGGGGGCUAGUUACGUAGAGAUGUUACGUACUCCGGGAAAUCGCCAUCGACUGAUAAUCUCCCUCAGCCUGGGGUUUUUCGCCCAGUGGGUCGGCAAUGGUGUCAUCUCAUACUAUCUAGCUCUUAUCCUCAAUACUGUCGGGGUGACCAGCGUCCGAGACCAAACGCUCAUAUUGGCCUGCAUGCAGAUGUGGAAUCUCCUGUUUGCCAUCGUGGGUUCGGUGCUGAUUGACCGAUUCGGGCGACGUCCACUCUUCCUUUCAUCCGCCGUGAUCAUGCUCGCCAGUUACGUCGUUGUCACGGCACUGUCGAGUUCUUUCGCAGUGUCGCGUCAUGCAGCCACGGGUGUCGCGGUCAUACCAUUCCUCUUCAUCUUCUUUGCUGGUUAUGGCGUUGCUGUAACUCCACUGCUCACGGCGUAUCCGUGCGAAAUUUGGCCGUUCCGUCUUCGGUCCCGAGGUCUGGCCGUGACGUGGAUGUCCACGAUCUGUGCCGCGUUCUUCAAUAUUUUCGUCAACCCUAUCGCGCUGGAAGCUAUUGCAUGGAAGUACUACUUGAUUUUUAUUGCGGUCCUGCUGUUGUUCGGUGUCACUGCAUAUUUUUUGUACCCCGAAACCAAGGGCUACACGCUGGAACAAGUAGCCGUCGUCUUUGAUGGACCGGGAAGGCCAAUGAAUGACCUCGAAACAGAACCGAACUCAUCUGAUACAGCAUCGGAUCCGAAGGGCGUCACGUCGGCUACGCACCGGGAGACUAUCUAAUUAGUUUACUGUCAUUAAUACUCAGAUUUCUG